UCACAUUUUAAACGACCAAUGGAAAACAUUCUAAAUACACACACCAUGACUCGAUUUCAUUACGUCUGGAGUUUUUGAUAUUUCGUUCGGAGUUGGAACUAUCGCGUCAUUUCGCAAAGUUUACUUUGUUCCUGGAUUUAAUUGAUAUAUUUGGUAGUUAAUAAAGUACGUAAAGAAUGAAUAGAUUAUUUGGAAGAGGAAAGCCUAAAGAACCACCCCCGAACUUAACUGAUUGUAUAUCUAAUGUUGAUAGUAGAGGUGAAUCUAUUGAAAAGAAAAUUGCCAAAUUAGAUGCAGAACUUAUAAAAUAUAAAGAUCAAAUGAAAAAAAUGAGAGAAGGACCUGCAAAGAAUGCUGUUAAACAGAAGGCAAUGAGAGUUUUAAAACAAAAAAAGAUGUAUGAAACUCAGAGAGAGAAUUUAGCUCAGCAGUCAUUUAAUAUGGAACAAGCAAAUUACGCUACACAAAUGUUAAAAGAUACAAAAACCACUGUAGAUGCUAUGAAAUUAGGGGUGAAGGAGAUGAAAAGAGAAUAUAAAAAAGUCAAUAUUGAUGAUAUUGAGAAUUUGCAAGAUGAUUUAGAAGAUAUGUUAGACCAAGCCAAUGAAGUGCAAGAAGCAUUAGGAAGAAGUUAUGGUAUGCCAGAAGUAGAUGAUGAUGAAUUAGAGGCUGAAUUGGAUGCAUUGGGUGAUGAAAUUGCCUUGGAUGAAGAUACAUCAUAUUUAGAUGAUGCGGUGAAAGCUCCAAAUGCUCCAACUAAAGAACCAGGAACUGAGAGUACAAAUGAGGAAGGUGUCUUGGUGGAUGAAUUUGGAUUACCAAAAAUUCCUGCUUCAUAAUUUUGUUAGUCUGAUUUAGAAAAAAUGAAUAAAUUCUGAAUUUGUGUUUUAUACUUCAUACAGCAAAAUUUUUGUUAAAUGAAGAAUCGGCAACUUGGUUCAAGUUAAAGAAUAGCUAUUACUGAAUAAGUUUUCCAAAACAAAUUCUUACUUCAAAUAGAAUAUUCUCUUGUAAAGUCUUCACAAUUUAUUGAAAGUAAUUUUAUAUUAUUUAAACAGAUGAAAUUGUCAACAAGAUAUUUAUUUUCAAUUCUUUAUCAUUAUAACAAUUAUUUGUAUUCUAAAUUUCAACUGAAACAAAAUACUAAUUAAUUGAAGAUGUUUAAUAGUUUAUAUCUUUAUAUCAUAAAGCAUUAAUGUAAGAUUAAACCUAAUUUCUCAUGGGAGUAUAACUAAUAUUACUGUGUUAAAAUUUUUUAUUAAGCAAUCUUCUAAAUUAUGUCUGUAGAAUCUUGUACUAAAUUUCAGAUAUUAUGUUAUUGAAUGUUUAAAAUUUUUAAGUAGACUUUUAUGAUUGAAGAUGAAUUCUUUUAAUUGGAAAAUUGAAACACUUAGGUAUCACAGAACAAAAAAGUCUUUAAUACAGAAUAGGUUGUUAUCUUAUGGAGAAUUGGAUGAAGUUUACUUUGAAGUGUGUGAUAAUAAGAAAAAAUUAAUGUUUUGUGGGAUUGUAUUGUCAAAUUAUAUUGAUUUGUAACUGUUAAACUAUUUAAGA